CGUCUGUCGUCUGUCAGCUGUCAGUCAGCAGUGGCAGUAACCUCUUGAUGGUGGAUUCUGAAGGCUGUCCUCUGGGAUGGCAGAAAAGUAGCUAAAUGGUUGUUAAGGAAAAUUCAAAAUCCAAAACAACUAAGAAAUCAAGAAAAUCAGAUGAAGAUUCUACGACGGGAGCAGACGAACCCAUAUCCGUUCACAAGCGAAAUCUAUACUUCGUGUCUUUCCCUGUUGUAUUUGUUUUCAACAUACUCAGCUCCCUGGUGUAUCACCUCUACCUCAUUUUCAAGUAUUUCUACUGCCACUUUGCGAGGUUCGGCUUGCUUCAGCGUCUUCGGAGGCGAGCAGCAACCCAUGUUCAGGAGCUGUCUGAUGAAAACACUCUGUGCGAAGCCCCGCCACACAUCUCUGAAAUGUCAACAAAGUUGGGUCCAAAACACUCAUCUGGCCCAGGGCCAGCAGACCCCCUGCUGGCCAAGCAGAAAGCUCACCAUCGGAAAGCCUUUGAGUAUAUUUCUAAAGCACUCAAGAUUGAUGAAGAAAACGAAGGUCAAAAGGAUCUGGCAAUUGAGCUCUAUCGCAAAGGAAUACUUGAAUUAGAGAAGGGGAUUGCAAUUGACUGCACUGGCGGCAAGGGAGAAGUGUGGGAACGUGCACAGAGACUUCACGUCAAGAUGAAGACAAACCUGAGCAUGGCUAAGGAUAGACUGUCAUUCCUAGAAAAUCAGACGUCACCAGUGGAAUGCACUGAAAUGGAAAAACUUGGCAUCCUCCCAAAUAUAGCAUCUGGUCGGAAACUUCAACUUCCUAUGAAGAAAGCUACAGAAGGAGUUGGCAGCGGCCAUAAUAGAAGCAAUACCCUCCCUCGGAACAUGGGAUCAAGAUCAUGGAGCAAUAUAAGCAGCGCUCGUGUUGUUAAACCCUCAUCAACACCACCUGCUGUGAAACGCCAGAUGUCGGGCCCUAGUAGUUCUCCAGUCCAUAGGUCAAGCAGCAGCAGUGGGGGAAGCCAUAGUAGCCAUGCAGGCCACAGCAGGCAUGGUAGUGGGCAUGGCGCUGGCAACAAUUCUGUGGGACCUGGUGCCCCAGGCAAACGGCAACCUGUCUUGAAAGGGGUUGAUUCUAAGCUUGCCAACCUUAUCCUUGAUGAAAUUGUUGAGGGUAGCUGUCCAGUGCAGUGGGAUGAUAUUGCUGGUCAAAAGGUUGCUAAACAAGCUCUACAAGAAAUGGUAAUACUUCCAUCUUUAAGACCUGAACUGUUCACUGGCUUAAGAGCUCCUUCGAGAGGCUUGCUCUUAUUUGGCCCUCCAGGUAAUGGGAAAACACUUCUGGCACGAGCUGUUGCCACAGAGUGCAAGGCCACCUUUUUCUGCAUUAGUGCUGCUAGCCUCACUUCUAAAUAUGUUGGCGAAGGUGAAAAACUAGUCAGAGCACUAUUUGCUGUUGCAAGAGAACUUCAGCCGUCAAUUAUAUUUAUGGAUGAAGUAGAUUCACUUCUUUCUGAAAGAAGAGAAGGAGAAAAUGAAGCAAGCCGUCGACUCAAAACUGAGUUUUUACUGGAGUUUGAUGGUCUUGGUACAAAUAGUGAAGAAAGGCUUCUAAUCAUUGCAGCCACCAAUCGUCCCCAGGAACUUGAUGAAGCAGCAUUGAGACGUUUUCCAAAGAGAAUUUAUGUAUCACUUCCUGAUACAUUAACCAGAGAAACACUUUUAAGGCACUUGCUGAGUAAACAUAAUAAUCCUUUGUCAGGGUCAGAGCUUAAAAAGUUAGCAGAUCUUACCGAGGGCUAUUCAGGAUCAGAUCUUACUGCUCUAGCUAAAGAUGCUGCAUUGGGACCCAUCAGAGAACUGAAUCCAGAUCAAGUGCGCAAUUUGGAUCCGAAGAAAGUGCGCAGUAUUUCAUAUGAAGACUUUCAAGAAUCCCUGCGUCGAAUACGUCACAGUGUUUCUCCUGGCAGUUUACUUUUAUAUCAAAAGUGGAAUGAGGAACAUGGGGACAUGACCAUCUAAACUGAAGCACAAUUUGUAAUGCUGGCGAUAGGCCUUCAUCCAAGGACAUCUAUGUUUUGUAUUGAUGUUGAAUUGUGGUUUUAGUAGCAUUGCUUCUGAUUUUGUUCUGGGCCCCCUGCAUUGUUGUGCUGCAUCUUGUUUUGUGCCAAGGUAGUCAUUUUUUGUUGCAUUUCAGAAUUGUUAUUGUUUGUUUAGGUGCUAUUGUAGUUUUUUGUUUGAGUGAAGGUAGUAUAGGUCUUUAAGUUUCAGUGAUAUUAGGUAUGUUAGUCUCCUAAAUAUUACUUUAAAUUUUUUUGUGAACAAUUUACACUUUAUGUCAGAGAUCUGGAUGUAAAGUCAGUCGCACAUAGUGCUUUAUUUUAACUGUGCCUUAUGUUGAUUCUUUUUAUAUUUGCUCAUGUUGAUUACAUACUUCAAACUUUAAAGUCAAACGCAUUUUUGGGAUGGAAGAAAUAUGGAAUUUUGUUUUCUUGUUGCAAUAAUACUUUGAAGUUUUCUGUUUCACAAUCUUCAGAGUUGCUUCCUUGAAAUGAGUGCACGGUACUGGUAUGUGCUCGUGCUCAUUUAUUGUUAUCAAGUUAUCGAGUAUUUAUGUGAGCAGGGAAAACAUUCCUUCUAGAAACCGGAUAUAAAACUGCUCUUCUUGUCAAGUAAUGCUGUUCUAAGAUGUUUUGUUGCUAACCCUUUGAGUAUUGAAAACAUUCCUCUGUUUAUAAAUGUCGUCAAUAUUAGCUUGAAAUUCGUUCUAGAGUAAGCUUGCUUAGCAUUUCUGAACUCAGUUUUAGUUUUUAUCACUAAAGCGGAUUUUAACAUGUUCUUCUUAACUUUGUGGGUUUUUCUUUAUAAGGUCUCGUGCUGUUUAAGUUCAUUAUUGAGUAUACAUCAGUUGGUCUUCAGGUUGAGAAUUUUGUUAUAAUCUUUGCCUCAAUCGAAAAAUGUUUUCCUCAUUGAAAGAGGCAUGAGUUUGCUUCCUUAUUUCCAUCCUGGUUCUAUUCAUUGUGUUAAUUUUCUAAUCAGUCAAUGGAGGAAUGAUUAUCACAUAGUAACAGCGUAGAGUUAACAUAAUUUUUAAUGCUGCACGUCCUGACAUUUGUUUUGAACUGAAUGAAAGCAAAGACUGUCAUCUUUUUGAAUGGUUUGGGGUAAAUUGUUUUUCAUUGAUUAAAGAAAUUUUUAAUGAGAUUUAUGAAAAAGUUCUGGCAGUCACCAAUAUUUUUCUCUUUUCUUUAUAAGGUGUUAGUUUUCAGAUAGCAACAUUGCUGUACUAUUAUUAUUUUAGGAUUUUUGAAUCAAAGUGAAUACUGUAGUUCCCCAGAUCCUGGAAACAUUUGUACAGUCUGAAUAUUUUACAAUUUCUUACAUUUCAGGUAUUAUCUUGUGUUUAAACCUGACAAACUGGUUGCUGUGUUCCCCUAAUUUUAUCAUGUAAGAACUUGACUAGUAUUAAUUUACUUAUGGUAUUUGUUGUACUACUGAAAGCUCCUUUAAGUUUUUUGUACCAGGAAUUUUGCUCUAUGGUGAAUAAUUUUAUUUAACUGUACCUUGUAAAAACUGACUCAAACAUUUUGUUCAUGGUAGAGGCAAGAUUCCAUUCAAACCAUACUUGUGUUUUUCAGCUUUGAAAUGCUCAAAAUAUGUUAAUAGGAGCUAGUGUGCUGUAACUUUAAGUUGUGACCAACUAUGCAUUUCUCUCUGACACUAACAAGAAAUAAUUAAUAUUACCAUACUUCAUAAUUUUGAAAUGAAUUUCCCCCAUUUUAUUGAAGGGUACUAAAAAAUCGAAUGUUUUUUUCUUUUUCUUUUUUCAAUGUUAACUGACUGAAAUUGGUGACUUAGGUCCUAAGUUUGCUUUCUGGUGUCAGAGAUCAUCAUUCUAGUCUUUAUUCAUGGAAGUUGUAAUAGUUGUUUUGUGGGCGACACAGACAAAAAUGUGCAGAGAUUUCUGGUGUGGGAUCCUUGGCUACAUCAGUUUCAACCAUGUUAGUUUAUUUCAUUGAAAUGUCCCAGCUGAAAUUUUGUCAAACAUUGAAUUGCCCAGGCUUAUCUUUAUUUUGUCAGGAAGGUUGUUGUUACUUUGUGACUUGAUGACAUAAAAUUGAUUUCACAUCAUAGGUUUGUUUCGUGCAGCUUUUCAUUAGCAACAAUUUUGCUUGAUUUUGCCGGGGAAGAACAUAUGAAAAGAUGUGGAAGUUCACUCACGUAACAUUACAAACCGUUUGUUACCUGUUUUCCAUGUUUGAUUUUAUUUAACAGAGUGCAAUGCACAUAAUUGUACAAUUUUACAACAUGGUUUAUUUUUAUGUGAUGUUACUGUACAGGUAGCAGGAAGAUGUAGAAGUGAAUCAAAUUUGAAUGUAGAUGGUUUCCUUACUUUCACUAUUAAUUGAGAACACUAUUUUUCUAAGUGAAGAAAUGGGUAAUCUUUCACUACUGUGAAUCCUAUUCAAGUGUGUGUGGAUACUACCCUGUUGAAUCUAGUCCCAAUCUCUGGCAUGCUGCUGCUUUAAGUGAGGUUUACUGCACAAAUGUGUCAUGGUUCACAGUAUGGAAUCGAAAUUUAUGAGAAAUAAACAAUAUCAGCACUUA